AUGGCAUUAAGCAAGUUAUUUUCUUCAGCUUGUUGGCUGAAUAGUACAGUUAACUCCCCCAACAAGCCAAAAUUCGCUCCUGAACAAGAAGAGGAAGAUAAUUAUAAAGAAAGUGCACUCUCUUGGAUAUACGAAAAACUUCCGACCAGUUUUGUUCCCUAUGCUCAACUUGUUCGUCUUGAUAAACCUACUGGUACCUGGUUGCUUUAUCUUCCAUGUGCAUGGAGUAUAUCAAUGGCCUCCUAUCACGCAAACUUACCCUUAAACCAAACAAUAUCAAUGUUAGGUUUAUUUGGGAUUGGUGCCUUCGUGAUGAGAGGUGCAGGAUGCACCAUAAAUGAUAUGUGGGAUAGUCACAUUGAUCGAAUGGUAGAACGCACUAAAACACGACCACUCGCAUCUGAUAAAAUCACUCAAAUUGAAGCAUUAUCUUUUUUGGCUAUUCAGUUAUCCGCAGGCUUGUCUAUUUUGACACGGUUGAAUCUGUAUAGCUUAGUCGCCAUAUAUCCAUAUAUGAAACGUGUAACAUUUUGGCCUCAACUAUUUCUUGGAUUUGCUUUCAAUUGGGGAGCUUUACUAGGUUGGCCUGCUAUGUUAGAUAGCAGUGAUUUUACCGUGACUUUGCCGUUGUAUGCUAGUGGAGAUAAAAAAUACGAUAAACUAGUCGAUGUAAAGUCCACGGCACUUUUGUUUGGCUCUAACACACGAAAAUGGUUAUCCCUAUUCUCCGGAGCAAUGGUAUCAUUAGUCGCAUUAUCAGGCUAUGCAAAUGUUCAAGGAUUACCAUUUUAUUUAAUUUCUGUUGCUGGGUCUACUACACAUUUAUUUUGGAUUGUGCACAAGACAGAUUUUGAUAAAGCUGAGGAGUGUGGACGAAAAUUUAGGAUGAGUAAGUGGACUGGUGGGGUUGUAUGGUUGGGCAUUUUGGUGGAUGAUAUAUGGAAAAGGGUGAUGAUGUGA